CACAACUGCCACAGCCCACAGCCGCGGCGCCACAUAUCUCUCCUUCGGCCAACCCGGCGAGCCGCCGCCGUUGUUUUUUUCCAUUCAAUUUGAUCCGACUUCGGAAGAAGAUGACGGUGGGAGCCGGGAUCGCGGUCCAGGAAGACGGCAGCCUGGUGGCGCUGGGGGCCACGGUCCUGACGGAGGUGCGCGACAAUGUGCUCGUCACGCCGGCAGCCGGGGGCGGGAUGCUCGACGGCGCCUUCCUCGGCGUUCGGUCCGCUCCCGCCGGCAGCCGCAGCGUCUUCCCCGUCGGGAAGCUCAGGGACCUACGAUUCAUGUGCACGUUCAGGUUCAAGAUGUGGUGGAUGACGCAGAGGAUGGGCUCGUCGGGCCGUGACAUUCCCGUCGAGACGCAGUUCUUGAUCGUCGAGGCCGCCGACGGUGCCGGGGACGAGCAAUCCGCGGUGUACACCGUCUUCCUCCCAAUCCUGGAGGGCUCAUUCCGUGCUGUCCUCCAGGGGAACGAAGAUGACGAGCUGGAAAUCUGUUUGGAGAGUGGUGAUCCAGCUGUGGAAUCAUUUGAAGGCACCCAUCUAGUUUACGUCGGUGCGGGAUCGGAUCCGUUUGAGGUCAUCACAAACGCUGUCAAAGCUGUUGAGAGGCACUUGCAGACAUUCUCUCACAGGGAAAAAAAGAAGAUGCCAGACAUGCUAAACUGGUUUGGCUGGUGCACAUGGGAUGCAUUUUACACUGAUGUGACAUCUGAAGGAGUUAAGGAAGGACUACAGAGUUUGGAAAAGGGUGGAGUAGCUCCUAAGUUUGUCAUAAUCGAUGACGGAUGGCAAUCGGUCAGUAUGGAUCCAGCAGGAAAAGCAUGUAUAACUGAUAAUGCAGCCAACUUCGCAAACAGAUUAUACAAUAUCAAGGAGAACCACAAAUUUCAGAAGAAUGGAAGGAAGGGUCACAGGGAAGAUGAUCCGGCAAAUGGCCUCGCCCAUAUUGUCAGUGAAAUCAAGGGGAAACAUGAGCUCAAGUAUGUUUAUGUAUGGCAUGCGAUCACUGGGUACUGGGGUGGAGUAAGACCCAGCGCUGAUGGGAUGGAGCAUUAUCAAUCCAAGAUGCAAUAUCCUGUCUCAUCACCAGGAGUUCAGAAGAAUGAACCAUGUUUGUUCAUGGACAACAUAGCAGCAAACGGCCUUGGCCUUGUGAACCCUGACAAAAUAUUCAGCUUCUACAAUGAGCUCCACUCGUACCUCGCGUCUGCUGGUAUCGACGGCGUGAAAGUAGAUGUGCAAAACGUUCUCGAGGCCUUAGGUGCUGGUCAUGGUGGAAGGGUGCUUUUGGCUAGGAAGUAUCAGCAAGCUCUAGAAGCUUCCAUUGCUAGAAAUUUCCGUGACAACGACAUAAUAUCAUGCAUGAGUCACAACACUGAUAACUUAUACAGUUCGAAAAGAAGCGCAGUAGUGAGAGCCUCAGAUGAUUUCUGGCCUAGGGACCCGGCUUCACAUACCAUACACAUUGCAGCUGUCGCCUACAAUACCGUGUUCGUUGGAGAGUUCAUGCAACCAGAUUGGGACAUGUUCCAUAGCGUCCACCCCAUGGCGGAAUACCACGCCGCGGCACGAGCAGUGGGCGGUUGCGCAAUAUACGUCAGUGACAAACCCGGAAACCAUGACUUCGAUCUGCUGAGGAAGCUCGUGCUUCCUGAUGGAUCGAUCCUGCGAGCCAAGCUCCCCGGGAGACCGACCAGAGACUGCCUGUUCUCCGAUCCUACAAGGGAUGGCAAAAGCAUUCUCAAGAUCUGGAACCUGAACGCGCACUCGGGCGUGAUCGGCGCCUUCAACUGCCAGGGCGCCGGCUGGUGCCGAGCAGGAAAGAAGAACAUCAUCCACGACCUGCAGCCCGGGACGAUCACCGGGGCCGUCCGGGGGCAGGACGUGAGCCGUCUUCCGGAGGUCGCCGGCGACGGCUGGAACGGCGACGUGAUCGUCUACUCGCAUGUAGCAGGAGAGGUGACCGUCCUGCCGAAAGACGUCGUGUUGCCGGUGACGCUGAGGCCGCGCGAGUACGAGGUCUUCACCGUGGUGCCCCUCAAGCGGCUGCCGACCGGCGCCUCCUUCGCGCCGAUCGGCCUGAUCGGGAUGUUCAACUCCGGUGGGGCGGUGACAGGGGUGAGCGACGGUGACGAUGGCGGCGUCGAGGUUAAAGUGCGGGGCGCAGGCACGGUGGGAGCCUAUUCCUCAGCGAGGCCGAAGAGCGUGGCUGUGGAUUCCGAGGCGGUCGAUUUCUCCUACCACGACGGCACCGGCCUGGUCACCUUUGAAGUCGGCGUGCCGGAGCGGGAACUCUACUCGUGGACUGUCUCGAUAGAGUACUGAGACCUGAUGCUUGGGGUGUGGCAGACUGACGGGAAAGGGAUGGGAAAAUAAUUCUAUGGGACCUGACUACAUGAGAAGUUCAGACGAAGGAUCUGAACGUUUCUGAAGAACAAAAGAUGGAUUAUGACUUCUGAGAAUUUCAUGGUCGUAUACUAAUGGGAGAACGGCCGUGUACUCUCAAAAUAGCGAAGACACUAAGCCUGCCUUGGUGGAGCUGUGCUGUUUUGUUCUUGCAGAGGUUGCAUUGUGUUGCUUGUGAUUUGUUUUAGGGUAUUUGACAAUUGACAUGUGCACUGAGAGAAAUAAGAGGACAUAGUGGACACUAAACAUUGUGUAUGAAUCGGAGGUUAAGUGAAAAGAUUGAUUAAAUGGUGGUUUUUA